AUGCAGGCGCAGACGCCGGAGCAGUGGCAGCCUCGGUCUGCAGCCGAGGACCGACCGGAGCCCCGGCUGUGGGGGGGAAAGGCGGCGGGGGGCGGGCCGGGGGAGGGUCCGCGGGCGGGGCGGGCGGCUCCCCACGCGCCUCCCCACGCACCUCCCCACGCGCCUCCCCGCCGGCCGUCGCCUCGCCGCACCGCGCCAUGGAUGAGUUCCACCCGUUCAUCGAGGCGCUGUUGCCGCACGUGCGCGCCUUCGCCUACACGUGGUUCAAUCUGCAGGCGCGGAAGCGCAAGUACUUCAAGAAGCACGAGAAGCGCAUGUCCAAGGACGAGGAGCGCGCGGUGAAGGACGAGCUCUUGGGCGAGAAGGCCGAGGUGAAGCAGAAGUGGGCAUCCCGGCUGCUGGCCAAGCUGCGCAAGGACAUCCGGCCCGAGUGCCGCGAAGACUUCGUGCUGGCUGUGACCGGCAAAAAGGCACCAGGUUGCGUGCUGUCCAACCCUGACCAGAAGGGCAAGAUGCGGCGCAUUGACUGCCUGCGCCAGGCUGACAAGGUGUGGCGCCUGGACCUGGUCAUGGUCAUCCUGUUCAAAGGCAUCCCGCUGGAAAGCACGGACGGCGAGCGGCUGGUAAAGGCGGCCGCGUGCGCGCACCCGGUGCUGUGCGUGCAGCCACACCACAUCGGCGUGGCCGUCAAGGAGCUGGACCUGUACCUGGCAUACUUCGUGCGUGAGCGUGAUGCAGAACAGAGCAGCAGCCCCCGGACUGGAGUGGGCUCCGACCAGGAGGACAGCAAGCCCAUCACCCUGGACACCACGGACUUCCAGGAGAGCUUCGUCACAUCUGGUGUGUUCAGCGUCACAGAGCUGAUCCAGGUUUCCCGGACACCUGUAGUGACGGGAACCGGACCCAACUUCUCCCUGGGAGAGCUGCAGGGCCACCUGGCCUACGACCUGAACCCUGCUGGCGCUGGCAUGAGGAGGACUCUCCCCAGCACAUCCUCCAGUGGGAGCAAGCGGCACAAGUCGGGCUCCAUGGAGGAGGAUGUGGACACGAGCCCCGGCGGCGACUACUACACCUCUCCCAGCUCGCCCACGAGUAGCAACCGCAACUGGACGGAGGACAUGGAAGGAGGCAUCUCGUCACCGGUGAAGAAGACCGAGAUGGACAAGUCUCCGUUCAAUAGCCCGUCCCCCCAGGACUCCCCCCGGCUCUCCAGCUUCACGCAGCACCACAGGCCUGUCAUUGCGGUGCACAGCGGGAUUGCACGGAGUCCCCACCCGUCCUCAGCCCUGCACUUUCCCGCGACAUCCAUCUUGCCACAGCCAGCCUCCACCUACUUCCCCCACACGGCCAUCCGGUACCCACCACAUCUCAACCCCCAGGACCCGCUCAAGGAUCUGGUGUCCCUGGCCUGCGACCCGGCCACUCAGCAGCCUGGACCGCCUGCUCUCCGCCCGGCACGUCCCCUGCAAACGGUCCCUUUGUGGGAUUAGGACGGAGGGAUCCUCUUGCGGGACAGUCCUGGUACCUGGGAUAACGGAGUUGGCCCUCCCACGCCUCCACUGCCGGCGGAGUCCCGGAGGUGAUGGCCCCCGCCUGCAUUUUCAGUGGAAACUUAGAACGAGCGAGAAGCUCCCUGCCGACUCCCAGCGCGACAGAAAAGACAGACACACAGGAGGAGAAAAGGACUAAAGACAAACAGGAAAAAAAAGAAAGAAUCUUCCCAACCAAGAUGACAAAAGGUGGGAGCCGCGGGUCUCCGUGGUACCUGCUGCUGAUGGACAGCCGCCGGCUGCCCUUCUGCACCCGAGGACCCUGCUAUCACCCCCAGACCAGACGAGCCUGGCCUGGCACCCACGCCCAGCAUCAACAGAUGGACAGCGUGUCCAGGGUGGGCCGCCCAGCCAGGCCCCGUCUCCCCAGACCCCUGCCGCCAGCCACCAGCGCCAGCCUCGGGGACCUCCGCUGGUGGUCCCCACCGACGGUGUUUGCCAAAGACAGGGUGCUGGAGGCAGUGCUGGCAGAGGAGGUGGACGUGACCCCCGGCGCGGACAGCAGAGGCCUGGAGAGCACACGGAGCCGCCCAGCACUGGCCCUGCUGGGGACAGACGGUGCCACAGGUACUUUGGGACCCCCGGGAGGGUUCUGCGCCAGCCUCCGCCUCAGCCCUCUGGUCCCCUCUCCUUGCGGACCUCGUUUGGAAGGACACAUCUCUAUGCAAUUUGUCCCCAGUCCCACCCCAGCAUGAGAGGCCUCGCAGCUCCCCACCCCCUGGCCUCCUCCUCUCACACACGGGAAGUAUCAGCACUUUGAGAAACAGAGGUGGGGGAGCAGGAACCCCCACGCCGAGGCCCCCGGAGGCGGGAGGUGCCACUAAGUGCCUAACCCCUCCGCCCACCCGCCGACCCCCUCAUCCAUCAGGGACACAGAAUGGCCGGGGCACCCCCACCCUCGUCCCCGCCUACCCCAGCUCCUCAUCGCCGCCUGUACCCUCCAAGCUAGAGAGAUGGGACCCCAGGGGUAGAGCUGGGUGUCCCCAAACCCAGGCUGGGGCUGUGUGCUGUCCCUCUACACUUCUGCCAGUGCCUUACUUCCUGGAGACCCACCCUGGGGUGCCCCACUGCAGGGGAUGCCCCCUUUGCACUUUGACCCCCUGAUGACAUGGGGCCCGGCACAGGGACCAAGAAGGCUGGUGGAAGUGCACUCGGACCCGCGUGGGAGGGCUGUGCGAGUGAUGGGGAGACUGGGUGGCGGGUUCCCCAUCUGCUAUGCGGACUUCACUGACCUAACAAAAGAACACUAAAACGGGGCGCGAGGUCCGUGCCCCAGACCCCGCUCUGUAGCUCCCGUCCACACCCACCCGGGUCCCCAUCUCUGGUGGACCGCCCUGGGAGGGGAGGUUGGGUUUUUUAGGGUCACUGAACCCACAAAGGCUCCUCUUCCCCAACCCCCCAUCUUGGCCUCGUCAUGCCUGUGUCCCUCCCCUCCCUACGGAGGCCGCAAGCCAUCACCGCAGCGGAGCCCCAGGGCCAGGCCUCAUCCACCCACUGCCCUCCCGGGCUCGGGGCGAGGCUACUUGAACGUACCAAGCCCCCCCAAGACAUUUCCCCAACCUUUGAGGCCUCAAACCCCCACCCACCUGUCCGUCUGUCCUCAGGGACCCUCUAGCAGGGGGGACCAUUGGGGACAUCGCGGGGGUCACUGUCCAAAUGUGGGGCUCGGGCCAGUGAGUGUGGGACAGGCUAUACCUAGGGUGGACCUGGUCGGUCCCCUCUGACCCCCCCCCAAGCCAGCCAGCCGGGUCCCCCAGGGGUCAGGACAAAACCAACUAUUUACGUAACUGCAUGGUGCUUAAGGCCCCCCGCGAAACCCGAGAGUCCCCCGGGGCUGCUGCGUGCAUGACAGCUCCACCCGGUCUGCCCCACCCGCCCGAGCCCCUCACCGCCUCUACUAAAAAAAGGAAAAAAAGGAUACACAAAAUAUAUAUAUAUAUAUAUAUAUAUAUAUAUAUAUAUAUAUCCUUACCAAAAAAAAAAAAAAACAUUAUUUCCGAAUUUGCACGAACUUUUUACCACAACAUGUGCCUUGCUCUCCCGAGGACAAGUAUUAACUUUUAAAUAAUAUCCGCGCACACAGACGCAUGCCCUGCACGCAUAGUUACAAACAGACAAGCGAUUACAUGAAAUAAAAAAUAAAAUCCAAAAGGGUGGUAUUUCUAUUUGUAAAAGAAAUCAAAAGAAGAAAAACAAUUUUAUAAAAGAGGAAAAAAAAGGCUGGGCGUAGUGGCACACACCUGUGAUCCCAGCUCUUGGAAAGCUGAGGCAGGAGGAUAGCUGUGGGUGCCAGGUCCAGCCUGUGCCACAGAGUGAGAUGCUGCCUCAAGAAAAAGAAAGGAAGGAGAAGGAACCAAAAAAUACAAACAAACAAGAAAAACAAUACUAUUAAGGAAGUCACAAUAUUGGUCAUGGUUUGCGACCCCGCCCCACCCCCCUCAGCCCUGCCCUUACCCUCACCCCGCGCAUUGGGGGAAGGGACUCUCCCUGGUGCUCAUUCCCUGCCACCCCACCCCUGAGGGGGCCCGGAGUCCCCUGCCCGGGGAUGAGACUCUCAGGCCCUUCCCCACCAACCCUCCCACCCCAGGGAUAAUGGGGGGUGGAGUGGGGGUGGCGUCCCGUCUUCCAGCCAACCCACGAAGCUGAGUAUAUGCAAUAUCUGUCUGUCUGUCUUUGGGUCCAGCUCAGCUGUGGGACGUCCCAGCAGGGGCAGCGGGGACACAGCGGUCUCCGUCCUGCCACUGGGCAGGCCGUUGUCAUGUCCGUGAUUUCAGUUUUUCUUUCUCUUUUUCCUUUUUGGUUUUGUUGUUUGUGGUUACCUUUGGGUUUUUGAUUGUUUUUCUGUCUUCUGUUUACUCUUAAACUUCACCAAAGCUGAGACAAUAGCCAGGGGCUAGCAGGGCAAACAGGGGUCCCAGCUCUAAGCCAUCCCCCUGCCUCCAACUCCCCACCAAGCAGCGGGAGACCCCAGCCCACCUCACCGCCCACCCUGGCCUGGGCAGGACCUGUCUGUCAGUUAACCCUGUGGCUGGCUUCUGGCUUUUAACUUUGUCCUUCCCCAGCCUGUGUCCUCCACCCCCAGAAAGUAGGAAAUCCACGUGAUGACCCCUAGGGAACCAUCAACACGAGGGGCAGUGGGUGAGGCAGUGUGCCUGAUAGCAGGUUGGGGGGUCUUCUCAGUACCCCCAUUUCUCAGAUCUCCAAUUCCCACCCAGGUACCAGGCCCCUGCACCGGUCCUCAGAUGGUGACUUUAGGUGGGAGAGAGUGUUAGGAAUUUUGGCUUAUUUUUCUGCAUGUAAAACUAAUACUUUCAAACCUGUCCCCUCCUCAGGCCACCAGCCCUUGUCAUCCCCAAACCCAGCAUCAUGUACUGGUGAGGCCCCCACAGCGUACCACUUGGGGUCUAGCCUGUGACCCUAGAAGAGAUCUGGGGUCCUGAGCCCUCAAGUCUUGAGCUUGAUAAUCAGGAAUGUCCGUUGUGUUGGGAAUGACACCAGGAGGGUGGGCUCCUCCCAGCUCCCCUCAAAGACAGUGCCAGGGUCACCUCACUCCCUUCCCCAGACAAGACACCCUAGGCCACCAGCAGAUGUCCUGGCCAGUGGGGUCAGCCUUCCCCGCCGCCUGGCCUGGCUGCAUACAUAGACAAGCAUUUAGUUAGGAGCUCCUCAGUCCCCUCCAGUGCUGAGCUGUUCCGAUGGUUCCUUCUCCUCCUGGGCGCUGGCUGCCAGGUCCAGCCACUUAUUCUCCCCACCAACUGUUUUGUUAUCUUGAAACAGGAGGGUCUAGCCAGGUAGCCCAGGUUGGCCUCCAACUCAUGGCAACCCUUCUGCCUCCAUUUCCCAGUUGUUCUGACGACAGGUGUGCACCGCCAUCCCUGAUUCCCCGCCCCCGCCCAGGCCUCACAUCCCACUGGUCAGUGACUGUCCUCUCCCUUCCGUCCAUCUGUCCCUUCCUACAGGCACCUGUCCACCCAUCACAGGGCUGAGGUGGGAGGACUCACAGCAAGUCCGGAUCUUGUAGCCAUGAUACCAAACCGUCAUCUCCCAAUCAGUGCCUCAUACGUCCAAUGGUGCAGUGUUGGGGUCCUACCGUGCCUCCCCUCAGUCACCACUCCUGGAGAGGACUCAGCAGGUGUGCUGGGAGGGGAGGAAGGCACGUACCCCCAAGCCACCACCCCUCCCCAAGCACCCAGCCUUGCUACCCCAGCUUGGAGGACCCAAUUGGAUACCCCUAAAACCUCACAACCCAUCCAACCUCAGAUCCCAGCCAUGUCUCCACAAAAAGAAUUCCCUUUGAGUCUGAGGUCCCCAGUGUGAGCACCCCCGUGUCCCCCGCAGCGCCUGGACAAGCAUUGGGUUUGAAGGAUUAGACAGGGCGGAGUGCAUGGCACGCACAGGUUGCGGCAGGGAGCAUGGGGACGGUUUCUCUCUCUUCACUUUCUCUCUCCCCUGUCCCCUCACCUUGUUUUCUGGGUGGUAAGGCUGGCCAUUUCAUUCUCCUGCCGAGAUCUUUUGGUUUUAUUUUAAGAUUUUUGUUUCCUUUCAACUGUUUUGUAUUUUACUCCUGGGUUGUUGCAUCUCCGACCUUCAGCUUUUCACAAAUGCGCCUGCGCGGCCUGUGGCGCCCUCUCCGCCAUCCUCCCCAAGCAAGUGGGGGUCUGGAUGGGGAGCAGAGGGCACCCGGCCCAGCUUCCUCCAUCACCCGUGCCCACAGCAGACUCCAGUCAUAGCCUCAUAUAUUACAAACUCAUUUUGGUUUCUGGUUUUUUGUUUUGUUUUGUGGAUGCGCCUAAGCACCAUUGUCUGCCUGCUGUUCUGUUUCUCCCUAUGCAAAAAAAGAAAAAAGAAAAAAAGAAAGAAAGAAAAAGAAAAAAGUGAAGGGGGUACAUAAAAGAUUCAAUAAAAGCCAAAAAAAUAAAUAAAAGAAAGAAAAAAUGUAAAAAAAAAAAAUUAAACAAGCUUAAG